UUAUAUUUCAUUCAACUAUAAUCAUUUCUUUUUAUUGCUUCAUUCAUGCUUUGUUGCACAAUGUUCAAUGAAACUGAUGUGCGACAAUGCCCCUUUCUCAAAAAUAAUAUAUUCUAAAUCUAUUUUAUAUAGAUUUGUGUUCAAUUUGUAUUGCUUUAUACAGUGUCAGUUUAAAGAGUACCUCUAUGAUGAUUGUUAUAUACAUGGAACUCAUUUAUGUAAAGAAAACAUAUCAACAAAUGAACAGAUUCUCAUUUUUCAUAUGCCUCCAUGUAGAUAUUGUAAAAUACAUGAACCUCAUCUAUAUAGCAGAACACAUCAAUAUAUGAACACAUUCUCAUUAUUCAUGUAUAUUACAGACAAGGUGCCUCCAUGUAGAGAUUGUUAUAUACAUGAACCUCAUCUAUAUAGCAGAACACAUCAAUAUAUGAAAACAUUCUCAUUAUUCAUGUAUAUUACAGACAAGGUGCCUCCAUGUAGAGAUUGUUAUAUACAUGAACCUCAUCUAUAUAGUAGAACACAUCAAUAUAUGAACACAUUCUCAUUAUUCAUGUAUAUUACAGACAAGGUGCCUCCAUGUAGAGAUUGUUAUAUACAUGAACCUCAUCUAUAUAGCAGAACACAUCAAUAUAUGAACACAUUCUCAUUAUUCAUGUAUAUUACAGACAAGGUGUCUCCAUGUAGAGAUUGUUAUAUACAUGAACCUCAUCUCUAUAGCAGAACACAUCAAUAUAUGAACACAUUCUCAUUAUUCAUGUAUAUUACAGACAAGAUGCCUCCAUGUAGAGAUUGUUAUAUACAUGAACCUCAUCUAUAUAGCAGAACACAUCAAUAUAUGAACACAUUCUCAUUAUUCAUGUAUAUUACAGACAAGGUGUCUCCAUGUAAAGAUUGUUAUAUACAUGAACCUCAUCUAUAUAGUAGAACACAUCAAUAUAUGAACACAUUCUCAU